CACCCGCAGCUGUGAUUACGAAAAGCUGUGGUGUCGGGGCAGGAAAGGAGCAUUUGAGCUUGAAGGUGAGGUGAGUGACGGUGGUGUUAAAGAUAGGGCUUCAUGGAGUAGGCCGUAGGCGUAUUGGCGGUUAUGUUGAACCAAAACGGCAACUGCGUUAACCUAAGUUUUAGCACAAUUUCCCCCAGAAAGGACUUUUCUCGGACAGGUGCUGGGUUAUUUCUGGAGAGCUUCUUCCUUUCUCAUCCCUCUUUGGGUUUGAAUUUGAAACGGAUGAGCAGGUUGAGCAGUCACCGCUGACUUUUUUUAAACUUUACAUUUUGGACGCGCGCUUGUUAAUAGGCCCUCACACCGUUUGGAGGAUGUCUGAAAGAUCGCAGAGUCCGGAGUGCCAAAGCCGGCCGUAUGACUUCAGUCGGACCAAUCCUUGCACCCAAAUUUUGGGUCAGGAGAGUUUGGGUAGCGCUGCGUCAUUCCAGCUUCCCCACGGCGUCCUGCCAGACCCGAGCCUCUUCUACAACAAAACCGCUUAUAGUGGCAUCACACCGGCAUCCACGCAGACCUUUUUCCCCUUCCCACCCGUCGCCAGUGACUACAGGGGAUCUGACCUGCAGGCUGGAGAGUUUGGGCAACCCAAGCACUGGUAUCCCUUCGCUGCGCCCGAGUACACCGGCCAGGUACCCGGCGUAACAGCAGCUACCCAGCCUAUAAACCUGAGCCCCCCCAUAGCCGAGACCCGGGAGCAAAUCAAACUACCCGAAAUAAAGACUGAGAAGGACACCGGUGAUGACUACUCAACGGAGAUAAAGGUUCAGCAGUACGCAACACCGCCAGCCUCCGCCGCCAUGCCCCAUGGAGUCUUCUACUCUCCGGCCUGGAACCCGUCCUUCUGGCCCGGGAUCACCCAUAUCACACCACCCGGCAGCAAUAACCAAAAUCCCUCAACAUCCUCUGCAUCUUCACCAUCUAUGUCCCCUUCACCCCCAAGCAACGGGUUAUCAGGGAACGCGUUUUUCAACGUGAACGCAACCCAGGCUGCCACCGGACCCCAGACGCAGAACCCGGCCUCUUCCACGCGGAGCAGCGGGUCUUCCAGCGGCGGGUGCAGCGACUCCGAGGAGGAGAAUCUUUCCACCGAAGAACUGGAGCAGUUCGCUAAAGAGCUGAAACACAAACGCAUUACCUUGGGUUUCACUCAAGCUGAUGUUGGCCUUGCCCUGGGUAACCUUUAUGGUAAGAUGUUCAGCCAGACGACUAUUUGCCGCUUUGAGGCUCUGCAGCUGAGCUUCAAGAACAUGUGCAAGCUGAAGCCCCUUCUUCAGAGAUGGCUGAAUGAGGCAGAGACCUCGGAAAAUCCCCAGGAUAUGUACAAGAUUGAGCGAGUAUUUGUUGACAGCAGAAAGAGGAAGAGGAGGACCAGUCUGGAGGGAGCUGUGCGCUCUGCUCUGGAGUCUUACUUUAUUAAAUGUCCCAAGCCCAACACCCAAGAGAUCACACACAUCUCGGAUGACCUUGGUCUGGAGAGAGAUGUAGUACGUGUUUGGUUCUGCAACCGAAGACAGAAAGGAAAGCGCCUGGCCUUGCCACUGGAUGAGGAGUGCGAUGGCCAGUACUACGAGCAGAGUCCUUCCCCACUGAACAUGGCCCCCUCCCCCGUUCCCAGUCAGGGCUACCCUGCUUCCAGCUACCCUGGUGCCCCUCCUCCCACGCUGUACAUGCCCCCGCUUCAUCGGCCUGACGUCCUGAAACAAGCCCUGCACCACGGACUGGUUAGUCACCUGACUGGAUAAACACGCUUAGGUAGUCCUGGCCAGAACCACAGAUUGCCUUCCCAAAGCCUCUGUCCAACCCCAACUCAUGCUGAAGACGAGCCUCUAAAUCCAGUAACCAGAUCCACCGAUCAUGGGAUAGAAACAUUCCAAGUGUGGAGGCUCGUCUGCUGACUGCAGCAGUGAGAUGGCUCAACGUGGUGGUGAAACUCAAUGAACUGCCAUGGGCUACAUCCUCUUACCAUUGACCCUGCAACUCAACACCAACAACUGCUUUGACUUGGAGGAAAAUUUAAACGUUGCUGAAUGUGCCUUUUCUGUUUUUUUUUUUUGGUUUUUUUUUUGUGUUCUUGGAUAUUGCAUAGUAAAUUAUUCCAGUGAGAUUUGAUGCUACAGUAUAUGGUCGAUUUGUGGAGUGAGGAUGGAGUUGUAAGUGUGAGCAGGUUUAAAGAGCCAGGUUAUUCCUUCCACCACUGCUAAAUCCCGGGUAGGUUUUCUGUGGCGCAGAUGAGGAAAGAUCUGGGUUAUCAAAGGAAUCACAAUGUGAGGGAUGCCUCUUUAAACAGAAUUCAUCGUCAACAGUUUGGUCAGUGUUUGUGCAAUACUCCUGUGUCCCAUCUGAAUAGAGCAGCUACAGUAUUUGUCUGAACGGUCUUGUCAUUGAAAUGGAAAAUGCAAAUUCUCAUUCAGGGUGCAUUUUUCCCUUUGAUUUUGCACAAAGUUGAUUUUGUAAUGUUGAAUAUUAUCUUUUUUUUUUUUUUUUUUUUUUUUUUUUUUUUAAAUGUCUCAUUUGUAUACCAAGCCCAGCCCUGUGGUUGUUGAUUGUCAUUGACAUCUUUAGCAAAUAUUCUGCCGUUGUUGGGGGACUGAGAUUCAAAGUAAUAUUUUCAGGGAAUGUGACUUGUUGUUACUCACAGGUGUCAUAGCUGCUAAUUCUGCCAAUUGCACACUGUCUAUUUUCUCAAUGUCUCAGGUGAAUGGUAGUGAGAAGUCCGACCUGAAUUGGUUCAUUAUGCAGUCAAGUUGAGGCUAUGUUGUAUUUCAAAACCUCCAUUUUGUUUUUAAUGUAAAGAGUUUUUUUUUUUUGUUUAUGAAAUGCUGAAUAACACUUGAUACUAAAAGUGAAGUUUGGGUGCUCAUUGGAGUGUGCUCAUUGAAGUGUUCUCUUGUCCGGUCCUAUUGUGGUGUUUUUUUUUUUUUAACUCCGAUUACGUUUUAGAAAUAUAUUAAAUUUCAUGUAGUCACUCUUGACUAUACCUCCAUGACUUAGAAAUCCUUAUAGGUGACCAUGAAUUUUUUUUUUAAUUUUUCUUUUUUAGCAAGAC